CCACGCGCAAGGACGUGUGCAUGCAACGUCAUUGAAGGGAAAGCGGAGCAGAAGAGCGAAACAUGGCGACAUCAAACAAUCCGCGGAAAUUUAGCGAGAAAAUCGCUUUACAUAAUCAGAAGCAGGCAGAGGAGACCGCAGCAUUCGAGGAAGUGAUGAAAGAUUUGAGUAUUACCCGAGCAGCGAGGUUACAGUUACAGAAGACCCAGUAUUUACAGCUGGGACAAAACCGUGGGCAGUACUAUGGCGGAUCAUUGCCAAAUGUCAAUCAGAUUGGAAAUGGCACCAUUGACAUGCCUUUUCAGACUCCCUUUCAAGGUUCAGGUGACACUAGCAGGACAACACGGCAUCAUGGAUUGGUUGACAGAGUUUACCGGGACAGAAACCGCAUCACGUCCCCACAUGGAAGGCCCCUCGACAAACAUGGACGCCAAAUUGAUAGCUGUCCAUAUGGUUCCGUGUAUCUGUCACCCCCACCUGACACCAGUUGGAGGAGGACUAACUCGGACUCUGCGUUGCAUCAGAGCACUUUGAACCCACAGGACAUUUUCGCGGGAGGCUCACAGGACAUGCAGCCGAAACGAGUGCUUAUGCUUCAUGUACCAAGGACAGAAGACACAGAAUCAGAUAUGGACAAAGACGAACAGAAACAGAACUGGGAUGGUAAAAAGAAUGCUUCAUCAAGGUCCAAGGUCCCAGGAAUCAAUAUAUUCCCGUCUCCGGAUCAGGAUCUGACUGCGACACUGAUGCCAUCAGCCCACGACACGGGCGGUGGCUCCCUGCCUGAUCUGACCAACAUCCAGUUCCCCCCUCCGCUGCCCACCCCCCUGGACCCCGAAGACUCCACCCUCAGCGCCUCCAACAGCACGGGAAACCUGGCCCCCAGCCACUCACACAGUUUCGGUUCCACCAGCCAAGGACAGACCACCUCCCAGCAAGGCAGGCAGGACAACAUGGUCAACCAGGACUCCCACCAGCACCACUCCCUACAGCUCUCCCCCACCCUGUCGCCACCGCUCACCCUCGCCCAGGCGGAGACCAUAGAUGCCAUGACUCUGGAAGCGCAGUUGUCCCAGUAUGCGUUCUUCAGCCAGUCCUCCUCUCAGCAGCAGCAGCAACAGCAGCAGACUACUCAAGGACUGACCAGGCUGGUUCAGCUCCCCUCCCCUCUGAACACCUCCUCCAUCCAGACACAGAACUCCAUGGAUAUGAACUCGCACAACUCCAUAUUGGGCAGUGUAUUUGCAGACUUCUAUGACCAGCAACUCACAUCCAGACAGACCAGUGCUCUCUCCCAACAGCUGGAGCAGUUCAACAUGAUUGACAGCAGUAGUCUGUACGGCCAGGGCUCAACCCUCAGCUACUCCCAAGCAGCGAUGAUGGGUUUGACGGGAAGCCACGGCAACCUGCAAGACUCCCAGCAGCUGGGCUACAGUAGCCAUGGCAACAUCCCCAACAUCAUUCUCACAGCCACAGGAGAGUCUCCACCCAGAUUGUCCAAGGGGUUGUCUUCUAGCUCUCUGUCAGCUGACAUCAGCUUCGAUGCGGACUCUCAGUUUCCCCUAGACGAGCUGAAGAUCGACCCGCUGACCCUGGACGGGCUGCACAUGCUCAAUGACCCUGACAUGGUCCUCACUGACCCUGCCACUGAAGACGCCUUUCGGAUUGACCGGCUGUAGAGCUGCUGCCAAAGUCACCGACUAUGUCGGUGAAACCCGGCCUGAGGUGUUGAGGGCUUGUGUCUAAGGGGAGAGGGCUACUUUUGGGGUGUGGGAGCCCAAGGCGAGGCCCCAGCUGUGAAGUGUGUUCAUCCCACCUCGCUUCACCAGCAGCCCCUUUCUAAGAGCUAUGGGAUAGUGAGGUAGUAGGGAAAUUAGUUUGUCAAGAAAUGGUCGACACAGUUUGCUUUCUCUCUUCAGAAUGGGAAAGAUCGAUGGCAACAUUGUCAUGUCUGGUGGAUAUUGAGCUUAUGGUCCUGCUGUGACUAGUUUGUGCUUACCAUUCUUCAUCCCUUAACUUUUUUACAUUUAUUUUUUACACAUGCAUCCUGCUGGCCUUUCUGUUGGAUGCUUUGGUUUUUGUAAAGAAGGAAAACAGUAGGGGCUACAGCUACAACACUACAUUGGUCUCGCCUCCCAUUUGAAGACAUUAACUGAUUCAAAUCAUGUCUGCAGGGGAAACGGUUUAUCUUUCUCUCACCUGCCAUACUAGAUUAGCAUGUCUUAGCUCAUAUAAUCACUCAUCUGCUUUUCAGAACCGCCCUCUCAUGGUAAAUCUUGCCAGUCACAUUUCCGCCAAUGCCCUUAACCUCGCUGUCUAACUCACACUAGUUGUAUUUAUUGGUGCUCUGAUUUUUGCCCCGAAGUUGACCAGUAUUUUACUUUAGGUUCCCUUCCGAACUUGUCAUUUUCAUUUCAAUCCAUCAAUUUUGUACAACAUGUUUUAGUGCUGGUCAACAUCUAAGCGGUUUACUUAGUUGAACAACUAGGAGUUAUAACCCUCCCCUUUAGCUUAUGAUUUUCCAGGGCAGCUGAAGUAAAACCUAAAUUCCAGUUUAACAAACCUUGAAAAAUCGCUCAGAAUCAUGUUUGUAGAUAUAAAAAAAAAAGGGAUGUCAGCCUAGCGUCACUUUGGCAAUUUAUCCAUGAAAUUACAUUUCAGCUGUAAUAUGCCACCAAUGGUAGCUGGUUUUCAGAUGCAAACAAGAUAAAAAAUUAUAUCUGAACGAAUCACUGUGAGUGAUAAGAUUCUGCCUUAUAAGAGUACAUGAUAUGGAAGACUAUCAUCUCAACUCUCCUUUAAAAAAAUGCAGGUUGUUGUGCAACUUGUUUAGACUCUUAAGUAGUGAAGUGUAAACUUUUAUCAAGCAUCACCGUUUCUUUUCCGAUGGCCUGAAUCAAAUUGGCACUAGUGUGAGAAGAGGACCAAGUUGAGCACAACUAGGGGAGGUUUAUCACAACUUAUGUUGUUAUCCACUGCUUUUCACUUGUUACCAUUUUGCUUUUCAUAUUUGAGGUGGUACUGUAUUUCACUUGUCAGCCAAAUAGAAAUGGACAGAAAGAGCCAAGGUAUCACAUUUCUGAUGCCCUUGUAGUUGCUACUUGUGCAUUAGAUGUUUUAUUUCAUAUAAUUGCUUGAUCACUCAGUAUGGGUACAUCUCUGUUGGGUGUAGUCAAAAAGGAACUCCUAUCACACAACGCCUGUCAUAGACUGCAGCGACCGCCAAUAAGGGGGAACCCCUCUCCUUUAUAAGGCGCUGUCGCUCCUUCCUGCCUCACUUUUCAUUCUUCCUUACGAUGUCGUAAUACUGCUAAUAUACUCUCCUCAGCAUUGAUUUGGACUACAGUUUCCUGCUGAACUGUUGAUAGGUGAACCCGUGUGGUUCGCUGUUGAGUGUAGGAAUCUAGCUUUUUGUUGAGUGUUUAGCUUUUUACCCAAAAGUAAAAUUUCCUCUGUCUCUGGCUAGCUAGCGUCACACAGCUAGUUCUACCCUACCAGCGCACCUAGCUACCACUUCCUGCUGCUUAUUCCCAAUGAUGUGGAGGAAGGAAGAAACUUGGCUUGGUCCUGCUUCAGGUGAAUUUAACCCAGCUAGCUCACAAAGAAUGCACCUUCUCUUUAGCUAGCAGUGUGCUAGCACCAGCUAGGUUACUAACCCUUGGGGUGAAAACCAGCUUCCUAUGCCAGGACUAGCUAGCUACCCAGCAUAGCGUCGGUGAGCACACGACUAGAGCUCUCUCCUGGCGUAGGUAGCAUUCCUUCCUCCUGCCUAACUUUCCAGCGGCCUUGCUGACCAGGUUGACCGGUCUUGCCUAUAGGUACUGCGGUCUUGGGAGAUUCUCUAGCCUAUAGAGCAAAGCUCAGCGUGCCACCCUAGGCUUGUAGCUCACUCCAACAGUGAGCUACACUCCAACACUGGCUCUCUUUCCAGCGUGCUUGCAAUAGCUAGGCAACUAACCCACAAGGUGAACUCUAGCUAGCUACCGACAGGACUUCUAGCUACACAGCUAAGCAUCAGCAGCACACACACAGCCCAGGGUUUUCCUGUCGAACGCUAGCUAGCUAAAGCCAGGACUAGCUCCAUAGCUAACGUCAGCCAGUACACGCUCAGAGCUAGCUCCCUCUGCAAGCUCUUGCUACCUACACUGGGUAGCAUUAUUUCCCCUCGCUGGAUACGCUGGCCGGUCUUGCCUCUCGGCACUGCAGUCGUGGGAUAUUUUCAGCCUGUAGAGAGUCAACCUCUCAAGCUAACAAAGUGCUAACUACAGCUAGGCAUUUAGCCCACUGGGCUACUACUAGCUAGCUGAACUGUAAGUACUCCAUGGUCAGGCAGGCUUUGAGUAACAUGUAUAACCCGGCUGACAAAACAAUUUCUUCCGGAGUUAUGGCUACUGUAUUUCCUUGUACUGGGCAAACUAAGCCAAGCACUCAAAUUCUUGGAAUUACUAGCUAGUUAUUGCUAAAACUGACCGUUUACACCGCACAGUACUAUGGUCAAAGGAGGCUUUCCAGACCGAAGAGUAACACAGGUCUUCUCGGCUAGCAUGGUGCUAGCUACAGCCAGAAGAGUAAGCCACUGGGUGAACACUGGCUAGCUAAUACCAAUUAUGAGAACCUCAUGGCUUAACGUCGUCUAGCAGACGAUUAACCCGGGUAACAUGCCCAGGCAGCUCUCGACCACCCUGAUUACUGCAAGUAUUGUAUGGCAUGAACCGAGAACUGUUCAAUGCUAGCUUAAGCUAUUCUACCAGCCAUCCCGACAAACACCAACUAGUUAGCUAACUACCGCCUGGAUAUUACUAGCCUAACCCUCAUACGUACUUAGUCUAGCACCCAGUUUCUUUGUUUUUACUGUUUGAACUGGUCCCAAUUGUAUGAUCCGGUCCACGAGACGGCAAAGACAGGCUAGCUGAUGUUAGUUGUAACCGGGCACAAGUGCCCUCCAAGCUAAGCUCUCCCCUUGGUUCAGGUUCAAGCCGAGGCUGGGCGGGUAGAAUUCAGUCACCAACAAGCACUGUCCCCACCCGAUGCUUACAGCACCUCACCUCCAGAAAUAUAUUGCUCUUUGUCCCACUUGCCACACAGCCUGUUUUUUUUUCUAUAAAUCAAAAUCAAAUCAAAGUUGGUCGCGCACACACUCUUUUGCAAUGUUAUCGCAGGUGAAACGAAAUGCUUAUGUUUCUAGCUCCAACAAUGCAGAAAUAUCUAGCAAUACAAUAACAAUGCACACAUAAUCCAAAAGUUAAAAGAAAUUAACACAACAGAAUGAGCAUUAUCAGAACGAGCAAUUUCAAAGUUCAGAAUAUAAAUAAUCAUUCACAGGAAGAUGGGAAUGGACAUGGGGAUGAAUGUGGGAAAGGUAGUGGUUGAGAGACAGAGGUAAUGAAUACACUUUACACAAUACUAUAGCUAUAAUACUGAUAGCACAAGUAGAGCAACAAGACUAUUAAAGGGAAGGAUGAAAAUGUAUAUGCUACCUGCACAUAUGACAAUACAGUUAUACACAAAGACGGCAUACAACAAUAGUAACAACUAACUAUUAAGAACAAUAUAUAAAUGUCACACAACUCACUUUGGGCACGCACAAAAUCCCACAAGUCCAGAGAUAUGAGUGAGUCCAGUUGUUGAUGGGCAGAGACAGACUGUUUCUCUCUGCCACUUGAGGGAGACUGCAAGUAUUGUGUGACCUGCAGAGUCAAGAGGAUAGGCAUAUAUCCGGCCCCUUAGUAACCUCCCUGGCAACCUAUCAGAGCAAAGGUCACACAGGUUAGAGAGGCAGGUUUAUGGUACCCCUAGACUCUCAGGCUCCGGUCGUGGGGGAAGGGGAGUGGAGUGUGCAGCUUAGGGUUGUGUGGUGCUGAUAAGUCACCGGCAGGGAAUUUGUAACAAAUACAGUAGAUACAUAUACAGUGGUAAAAUAGUGUUCAAUAACUCUAUGUACAUAGAGCAGCAGUCUCUAAGGUGCCGGGUAGAGUAGCGGGUGGUAGCCGGCUAGUGAUGACUGUUUUAACAGUCAGAUGGCUUGUCCCAGCUUUGAUGCUGGGACUGUUGCUGAGGUCCUUGAUGAUGGUGGCUGAGGUCCUUGAUGAUCUUGGUCUUCCUGUGACAGUGUGCUGUAGAUGUCCUGGAGGGCAGGCAGUGUGCCCCUGGUGAAGCGUUGGGAUGACCGUACCACCCUCUGGAGAGUCCUUCGACUGCGGAUGGUGUAGUUGUACCAUGGGGUGAUACAGCCCAACAGAAUGCUCUCAAUGGUGCAUCUGUUGAAGUUUGUGAGGGUGUCAGGGGCCAAGCCAAAUUUAUUCCGCCUCCUGAGGUUGGAGAGGGGGGAUGUUUAGAAGGGGACAACGGAUAAGCCAUAAGGAACUCAGGUCCCUGGCUACGCAGCUGACUGUCCAUACACAGGCGAAGCCCCAGAACCAGAGCAAGCCUGGAGGUUAACAAUCCUUCGAUGCAGUCACAGCAACAUUCCACCCUCCUAAAGCCCCCUGGUGGCCAGGAUGGCCAGUGACUCUAUUUUGUUCAAACCCAUGGAGACACACUAGAAGCUCCCUGCCCUACCCUCUCUCCAGUUCAGUGUAGACUUAUGUCCCCACCCUGUGGUAUGAGAGAAAUGCUACUAUGUUUGUUCUACCCAUCUACUACACAGGGACUUAUCUUUGGCCUCGUUAACAGUGAGAUCCGCCCCAUUCAUAGCUCUCCCCCCUGGCUCUGUUGUUCCAGCCAGGGCCAGAAGACUAUGUGUUCGCUCUCCCUCCAUACUGCUUAGGUCAGAAAGGAGCAGGACGGCAGUACACCAGUUGCCAUCAAGCGCCAUCCCCGUGCACUAUACCUCUUUUAUAACCUUUUUCUCUUACAUCCAGGCCCCUCGCCAACAGCACAGAGCUAAUUUAUUAUAAUGAAAGAGUUGACACCUCGUUUGCGCUGCUAGAGGUCAUCCUUGACUCAGGCGAACGAGGGUCUCGGCACCUAUAGCAUGCACCCCUACUGGCUGGGAAAGAUUGUUGCACAUGCACAGUCUCCCUCGGGUGAUGUACAGGGUUGCUUAGGAACGGCAGGCAUCAGCCCCGAUGUCUUCGCUUUUCGGUGGCUUUCGGGAAUUCGUCUCUAUUGCCACAUCCUUUUAUUAGAGCCAGGGAACAUAGUGUAUUUGCUUCUUGGUUCUUGAAAAAGGAGGAGGGGAGCAGGUGCUGUCGGACUAGGCCACGGACAGCUAUCCUUUAAGCCUGCAGUGCUAUUCUGCCUCUUCCUUGUACUUUGCAUUUGGGCUACUACCUGCUUUGUUCUCCUUCAUAGGAAAACAAGCAAUAAGGUGGGUGCACCAGAGGGGCUGCUCAGAUUAAGGAUGUGACAAAUUGGAGGGGGAAAAAAAUCAUACAAUAAGAAAAAUGCAUACAUUCCAUGUGUAUUCACAAUGCAGCUGCGCAAUGGUUUGGGUCUCAAGGUGCGUCCCUUUCAGAUGGUUAAGCAUUGCACCUCUACUAACAUUGCUGUACCUCAAUACAUUGCUGUACCUCAAUUCCGCCUCCCAAAGUUUGCAUUUCCUUCUCAUUUAUCUUAAGGUAUUGCCAUACAGGACUUGGUUGCUGUCGCUUGUCUUUCUCUGACAUUUUUCCAACUGUUGAUGGCGACGAUGAUGUAGUGGUGGAGAGUCGACUCUAGAAUGGUUGAUUCUAUGACUCCUUGAGUGUCAACUCCCAUUUCUGAGUGUCGAGAUUCGAUUCAGUAAUUUCUGGAAUGGAGGAGACUGAUUAGUUGCUGUACUUCCGAGAACACAAACACUUGCAUCUUUCAUAAAGGGCUAGCGAGCGAUGGAGAGAGAGGGGACGGGUUAUAGUAGGCAGGUACAAAUUCCUUGGGCUGGUCACUAAAGUUCUCCAUCCACUUAGUUAACUGUCCUUCAACGUCAUUUCUAUCCUAUCCUACUAAAGAGGGAUUUGACUGCAUUGACGACUCGCAACUACUAGGGCACGUUCGUCAUUUUUAUCUGGCAGACUGGUUCCCAGACUGUUAGAGACAGCAGGCACGCUUCACCAUUGCUGCUAGCUAAAGCCAUAGCACCGUUGUGCAUCAUGCACAUCCCACACCACUGACCCGGGCUGGCCUCCAUGUCCUGCUGUUUGUUACAUUGGUGCUAGAUAUGGGAUGGUGACCAAGGCACCAUUGGAACACAACAUGCGUGUGUUAGUGGCAAAUCUGCUCUGUUCCUCUGUAUUGCACUCUUAAAACCGAGACUGAUUCAGACGUCUAGCCUCCACACUGUUGGUAGGCCUGGCUGUCACCAGAUGGUAUGCUGGAGCAAUAUGACGAGGGAAGCCUCCCUCUAGCAGUGCGCGCUAAGGAGGGAUUGUGAUACACGCACCAACAUCUCCAGCCCUGUUUUGGGCCCUGCCGUUAUCACUUCCAGUACAGCAGGCGGACUUCGCCUACGACCAGUGACCAAGCAGAUAGUCCCACCCUGGAACAUCUAGGGUGCUUGAGAGUAAUUUUCACAGCCGCUGGAAAGCGUGGAAAUUAGUUUCUCUCAUUUAAUACCGCUUUACUUGGCCAUUUGUAUCCACAAAGCGGGUGAGUGAGCUGUACGCACUGUCAGUUUCACCACUAGUGCUUGUUCCUUGCCCUGGGGUUAUCCACGGUUAUUUCAACAUAAAUCAUUUUUUUGUACUUAAAGAUUAGUAGGGCUUCUAUCACCUCUCUUUAGAGCCGUUGGCUUUUCACCCACCACUUAUUUCUCCAUGGAGGAAUAUUGUUUUCACUGCUUGUGCUCCACAUAUUUUGUGCUUCUACGUGGACAGGAUGAGAGCCCUGAAAGGACUUCCCUAAUGUAAGGAGACCCAUUUCUCGACCAGGUAUUUGUCCUUUGGAUAAGUGGAGAUUAUUAUAAGGCAUAUAAUAGCAAUUGCCUCUGGAGGGCAAUCAGAGCUCAUUCCACCAGAGGUGUGGCUGCGUCACGGGCAUGGUUUAAGAAGGUAUCUCUGGGAUAUUAGUCCUCCAUAAAUUUUACCGAUCUCACCGGCACGUGUGCUUCGAGUCAGCACAUCUGAGAGUUUAUUCUGUCUAGACUACCUGGAGAGUGUACGAGCCCUACAGGAGUUGGCUAAAUCCCAUACUGAGUGAUCGAACGAUUAUUUGAAAUAGAAUGUGAUGUUACUUAACCCUGGUUUUAUGAUAAUGACUGAGGUCACUUAGCUCGUUGCCAUUCACACAAUCUGUGUAUGGAAAAACGUAUACUUGUACAAGUAACGCAGGAGGGGUCGUCAGCGCCUUAUAAAGGAGUGGAGUCUAUUGGCUGUCACCCCUGUCUGUCUACGACAGAUGUUGUGUGAUAGGAGUUCCUUAUUGACUACGACCAAUGGAGACAUACCCAUACAUAUGGAGUGACCUCACUCAUCUUAUCCUAGAACCGUGAUUACGCUAAGUAACCUUACAUUUCGCUCCCUGGUAAUUGAUGUUUUGUUUAAAUUAGUUGUCUUUUUUAAAAUUGGAUUUUGCUUAUGGUAUCUAUGCAGAACAAAUUAAUUGAUUGAAGACAGAGUUAUUAGCAAUCUAAUAGGCAUAAGCAAGUACCUAAACUAAGUACCUACCAUGCUUAUUUGUACGGUACCAUUUUUAUAGCUUUUUCAGCAAAGAAAAUAAGCAUUUUGACAUGUUUCAUUCGCUACUUUUUGUUGAACAUUUUAGUUUGGAUCUUCCACUUCACAGAUGAGAAUGCAAAUUAUAUAUUCUGCACGUUGGCUUUGGCAGAAAUGGUAAAAAAGUAUGACAAAAGAGAAACUUGAGGAUUACGCUGCAUAUCUAAGAACAUUAACCCCUAUAUGUGACUCCCAUGGAUGUGUCUGAGGUUGAUUAUUUUUACUGCUGAAAGUUGAUGAUUUCAUGAUUCAACUGCCUCUAUUAGAACAGCAUUUCUGCCACCAGAAUGUAUUUCAUCACAUCGCCAUAGAGUACUAUCAUAAUCUCAACAUCUUCAUAUGAACCUCAGCAUCGACCACAUUGUUUUUGAUGACACCCUUACAUCAUACUCUAGGUGUUUCACUUCAAAAUCCAAGGGACGUGGCAUGCGAUUUGGAGUUUGGUUCAGUACUGUUAAUGUCUCUCUCAUAUUUAAUAUUUGUGUGUGUACUUGUCAAUCGUUUCCCACUCAUUGUCAUUGGAAAAGUCCAUCAGUUUUCCCACCAGCUUUUCUGGAUGUAUAGUGUCAGAAUUUCAGUGAUGUUGUAGAUGUCGGCUAUACAGUUUACCUGUUAGUAGUCAAUGUCAAGUGAGCUUUUCUUGUGAGUAAUUCCCUUGGAUGUAGCCAUGACAUUAUCCAGAAUUGUUUUUUUUUGCACUUUACUUACAACUUUAGAACAUUGAACCCUGGUAUUUGUUUCACCCCCCUCUGAGCGACUGUUAUGUGCACUGGACUUGUUUUCCCCUGUAUUCGGUCAAACUUGCCUUGUUAAAAAAAAAAAAAAAAAGUAUUUUUGAAAAGCAUAUGUGUAUUGUCUAUAUAAAAGAGGUGAUUUUUAUAAACUUUGUAUUUUUGGAUAGAAAUGAGAUUUCUCACUGCACAACAGAUACAGCUGGACAUGUUUUCAAGCUACAUAGCUUUGAGUAUAAUUCAUGCAGGGAGAAGUAACCAUGAAAUAGGGAAGCCAUUGGAUGUACCACCAUUGAUGCAUCAAGGGGUGCUGUGGUAAAUUACACUUUAAUAUUACAAUUUGUCAUGGACAGGAGUAAGAACAGUCAUCUUGUUCUGCAAAGAGUAUACAAACAACCCCCAUUAUUAUCAUAGAAUAUAUACUAUUUAACUAUGUAAUUUGCUAGCCACAGAACCAGGUGUGUAAAUUCAACUGAAAGAAAUACCACUAGUGGUGCGAUUAUGUCAAAAUAGGGUCACCUGUGGAGAAAUGAGGGAAUCCUUUCAAAGCCUGGUUUUGGUUUUAUUUUCUUUUUGCAGGACGUAACAUAUCAUUGUGCACAAUUUUCAGUGACCCGUUUUGGCUUGUGAGCACUACUUUCUAAACUACUGGCUGAAAUUAUACUCAACUUUUAUAACGCAUCUUUAAUGUGCAGCUCAUACAGUAGCAGGAAGCAUAAUGCAUUGUGAGUGCACACAAAUGAUUGUGCCUUUGUGCUAUGUUGGAGUUUGUUAUUUGAAAGUUAACUAAAUGCUUGUCUCAUAUGUUGGUGAAUCCUCUUGUUCCAUCAUAUUUCACUAUGUUUACAGUUAAUACAUGCAGCAUCACCAUUUACCAUAGAUAGAUACAAGGGAGUUCCUUAAAGGAUCUGUUGGUUCAGUGUCAGCUGGUCAAGCAUGCAAAACAUUAUCGGUUAUAGAUCUGAAAAUGAGAACUGUUUUGAAUUCAAUGUCGUCUUCUGAUGUUUAGCACUUGGUUUUUACUUUUGUUUUGUUCCGUUUUGUGACACUUUACUUUUACAUACUCAUCAUUAUUUGAUUUCUUCCGCUCGCUCUAGUACUUAAACAACUUAAGCUAUUAAGACGAAACCAAUUUCCAAAUGUGAAGACUGCCCCAACUUAUAUUGCUUUUGAAAAUAUUUGUGAUAUUAUUUAUACCUGAAUUAAAUACAUUUGCACACAUUUGCAUAAAAUAAACUGCCAACAGUAACUCUUAAACCAUUAAAGCUAGAGGUACUAAAUCAACUUUCACAUGUUCACGUGAUUUAUGGUUUAAGAGUUAAUGUUGGUGAUUUAUUUUAUGCAAAUGUGUAUAAAUUCCAAUUCUUUAGAACUUAGUUCAACUAUAACUAUAUACAAUUGCAUCAAAUAAAAUAGCAUGCACACCACAUUUUCUUCAGGAAAUGUACUUUUCUAGUUUAGCUUGGUUUUAUUUUUUGGGUUUUUUUUAAUGCAAAAUAUUAAUUGUAGACUAAGGAAGAAAAGUGGAAUAGACCUUUGUUUAAAUGUGGUUUAAUGUUAUGUUUUCCUUGUUUGGUAAAUUGUCUUUGUUUUUGAUUCGAACAGUGGCAAGGCCUCACACACAAACUGGAUUGUCAAUCCAAAAGCAACAGAUUUUUGUUAUCAGCCUUUUAUGAAAAUGUAGAUGCAAUUUGUUGGUACGUGCUUAUACAUUUGAUCUUAUAUGUGCUUUUGAGCUAGAGAUGGUGCCCACUGAAGUGUAUUCUUUUUGUCGAGUGCGUAGACUGGCUGUUUAUAUUGCUUUUCGGUAUAAAUGUUUUUGUGAUAUGUCAAAAGUGAAAAUUGUUGUUAUAUGCACUGAGAGUCAUGUGCUGCACUAUGUCAUUGUGGCUCUGUUCUGUCUUUCUGACUUAGAAGUAUCGGUUAAUCUAAAGUUUUUCAGACUGAUCCAAACUCCAAAUUGCUCCCUGUGUUUUUACAAUCAGUUGUUGUCUUUUCUUUAAAACAAUGUUUUCAUGUAGUAAAUCUGACUGAUUUGAUACGUCUAUUAUUACUGCCACCAUUUUUGCACUAAUAUUCAGCUAUUCUAAUGGUUUACACUCAAACGUUUACAGAAGCAACCGUUUACAAAGAAUGGAGCAAGUUUUGAUGUUUUGUGUGUGUGUAGGUUCAUGUAAUUGAUAUAAAUAAGGAGGAAUUUGGGGAAUAUAAACUGGACCCUUGCCACCCACACAAGAUACUGUAAACCCAUUAGCUUCCCCUUUGACACCAGACAGGUAUUACAUAGCCAAACAUGGCCAUCUCAAAGUUAACUGCCCGGCAAUUGACAGCUUCCCUUAAGUCAUGGCUGUGACAAUGGAGCUGUCCAAUUCUGAAACUGACAGAGAUCCAGGCUAAAUAGUUGCAAAGGAUAGGGAAAAUAACUGUAUUUACCAGUUUUUACAAGAUAUAUAUAAAGUUGUAUAUACUUCCAAUAAUAUAAAUAUUUAGAAAUGUGAUUUGUAUGUUCCCUUUUACAGAGAGUGAGUGUGUAAGUGCUAUGUGCUAAGUUGUUUUGAGUGAAUGGAAAAGUCAGCCGUUGCUUUCUCACAGGCUAUGAACCAGCGUUUCCCAAACUCCGUCCCCGGCACCCCAAAGGGAGCACGUUUUUUUUUUUUUUGUUUUUUUUUUUGCCCUAGCACUACACAGCUGAUUAAAAUCAACUAAUCAUCCAGCUUUAAUUAUUUGAAUCAGCUGUCUAGUGCUACGGCAACAAAAAAAACGAAACGCUGCUGUAAGCCGUUAAAUGUGCGAGUUGCUAUUUUACCUUCAUUCCCUUGUGUUGUCAGAUGAGUUAUCAUACUAUUGUUGUUUUUUUACAUGCACGGGUGAACCAUUAAGGAAACCGAAGUUCAUAAAUCAUCCCUUUAACUCUUUUUUAAUGUUCAAGUAAUGCACUUGUUUAGAGCACUUUGUUUAUCUGUCAUUUACUAAAAUGUGUUUCUGUCAAAGGUUUAGAGUUAAAUACUCCACUUUCCCACUAUCUCCAAGUUUUAGUUUUGUUAGAUUUGAGAAUUACAUCCUUUUAUAACAGGGCACUUGUCUAUGAAUUGUUUACAUUUAGAAAAGGAGAAUAUUUAUGAGGAAACCACAAUCUGCUUUAUCUUAACAGUUUGUUUCUUGCUGCAUAACCUACCGCAUAAAGAUUGACAUGUGACUGAC